CACAACACCGGCCGGGAAACUUUUUAAUGGAAACGCCAAGUGCAACUUUACCGUUCAACUAUGUUUAAUCGCCAAAAUGAUACAGUUCUGCUUAACAGUGCUACUGCUCCUAAUCUCGCCGGUCCUGAGUGCUGACUGGAGUGCCAGCUGCCCGGCGAGCUGCAUCUGCAAGUGGUCCAGCGGCAAGAAAUCGGCCAUCUGCAACAGUUUGGGCUUCACUUCGAUUCCGUCUAAUCUGAGCACGGAACUGCAAGUGCUGGUGCUGAACGAGAAUAACAUAGCGUACUUGAAUCGGGAGGAGUUUACGGGCCAAGGGUUGGUAAAUUUGCAGAAGAUACACUUGCGGCACUCGCGAGUGAAGUAUGUACAUAAGGAGGCGUUCGUGAAUCUGAAGAUUCUAAUUGAGGUGGAUCUGAGUGAGAAUGAGAUUGAGUCCCUGGACAAGCAGACGUUUUCCGGGAACAAUCGGUUGAGGAUUAUCAAUUUGUACGAUAAUCCGUUGAAGGAGCUGGUGCCGGAUCAGUUUCCGGUUUUACCGUACUUGAGGAACAUCGAUCUACAUGGAUGUAAGCUGACGAAGGUGGCCGAGACGGCGUUCUCGAACUUGGAUCAGCUGGAGUAUUUGGAUUUGACCAAAAACCAGCUAGAGAGUUUGCCACGGUAUGUGUUUAAUCAUAUGAAGAACCUGAAGACGCUGAUGCUGGAGGAGAAUCCGUGGCGAUGUGAUUGCAGGUUAAGGGAGUUUCGUGGAUGGUAUCUGAAUAACUCGUUGAACAGGCGGAGUUUGAAAUGUUAUCAGCCGUUCAGUUUACGGGGUUCCGCAUGGGAGACGAUAGAGACGGAUCAGUUUGGCUGUACGCCUCAUGUGGAUAUUUAUAGGGACGCCGUGGACGAUAUAGGGGAGCUCGGUGCGAAUGUCACGUACAAAUGUGUGGCUUACGGAGAUCCAGAACCGACGGUAACGUGGGAUCUAAAUGGACGAAUUGUGGACGCAGAUAAUAUGGUGCUCGAGCAUGAGCGCUUGGUCAGUUAUGAUGGAAAUGUUACCCUGUGGGCUAACCUGACGGUUGUAAAUAUCACCGGAAAUGACCCCGGAUACUACACCUGUACUGCCACCAACAAGAUCGGGUUCGUGAGUAAAAACUUCAGUCUGAUACUGCCUGAAGCGGUAGAGCCGGUGAUUAUAAAAACUCCGGAGACAUUCUGGUACUUUGGACUGAUCCUUGGUAUUUUCGGAACCAUCUUCGGGCUUCUCUCGUUUUCGGUGGUGAUAUGUCUGUGCAAGAGAAAGCUCAGAACCAGGCGGAGAAAGAAGAAUAUCAAGAGUAGUGUAAGUUUUAACGACCAAGAGAAGAAACUGCUCGACUUGAGUAUAACGACCAACGAGCGGCAGGAGUUUAGUGCGAGUGAUAUCAUGACUCCGUCGACCAAGACGGACUCAACCAUUGCGAUGGAACCGGUUCAGAUAACCAUCGAAUCGAUAGCAGCUAAACGGGAAGAGUUCCCUCUGAACGUUGGAGUUUUCCCUCCACCUCCAGAGUUUUGUUCUCAGAUGGUUCCGAACCCUGCCUAUGGGAACAUCUUCAUCUCCGUUUCGGUGACGCAGGACGCGCUGGACAAUCCAGAUCUGAACAUGUACCCGGACCUACUGAACAUUCCCAAUCGAUCCAAGGGUAAACUGAUCCCGGUGAAUGUGUCGUCGUACGCUACGCUACCUCGCAAGAACCGUCCAGCGUUGGCAGCACCCUCGACUAGCAGCAGUAGUCAACCGCCUUCGCUAACGGCGGUUCCACCUCCAACCAUUCCCGUUCAACAGCUUCCAAUGGCGGCCUCUACCAGUGGCGGCGGAACGUCCGUUAUGGCCUCGAUCGAGCCUCUUCAGCUGCAGGACAGUAUCGUCAAUUACUCGAACAUCGAAGAGUCUUGCGAGAUCACCGGCUUUGGCAGCACGUCUUCCAUGUGUCAGGAGUGUAGCAAAUUGAUGAACGCAUCCGGCAAGAUGAACGUCCGGUUUAGCAAGGCCGACCUCGUGAACCGAUGCGAGAACAGCUUCCCUUGCCUGAAGUACGACAACAUGGGCCGAAGGUACACGGCCAGUGGCAAUUCGACCCUUGCCCAUCCCAACGGAGACUCUCAAGCAGGAGGAGUCAUCAUCGAACAGGAGAGCGUCUUCAUGAAGAAAGAAAUCGAACCGAUUCCGGAAAUUCCAACGCCUCCACAUCCACCGGCAACUCCAACGACGGGUCCGGGACCCAGCCUCAGCCCCGGGACGACAACCAUCGGCACGGCAGCCGUAUUCGUUACCGGAAAUGACUAUGUCUCGCUGUAGUGUUCUCUGCUCCAAUAAUCC